CGGCCAGAGUGUCCCAGGAAGACUCGUGUACCUCUCAGCCGUGUGCAUGGACCAGGACGGUCGCAAGAAAGGAGGACAUGGUCCCUGUCCACCAGCUGGACCUCAGCAAGCCCGGAAUGCCGAGCCGAACGCUUCCCGAAGAACCAAACCAUGUGUCCGGGGAUUUCCAGCUCGCCGACAAAGCCCUCUUCGAAGAGAUUCACCGACUGAACCCUCAAGCAGUCGUCCUGAGGUCCAUCCCAAAGAUGGACGACGAGGACACCGACUCCGCCUCAGAGGACGAACAGUCCUACACAUUUUUGAGGAAAGUCAGGAGAACAAGAUCAACAAGGAUGUCGCUCCCACAAGACAUGUUUGUUCCCAUGAGAGAAAUUGAGAGGAUAGAAAAGAGCACGAGACGGCAGGCGACAACACUUAUGUGGCGGGAGGUUCGCUACGGCAGAAUAACUGCUUCCAUCAUCAACAAGGUGCGCACAAUGCGAGACACUACAUCCCCAAAGGCCAUCCUCGACCUCGUUCUACUAAGAACCCCGCCACUGACCACCGAGGCCAUCCGCUGGGGUGUCGAGAAAGAGCCCGAAGCCAAGGAGACAUAUCAGAAGUUCAUGGAGACUUGCCACAGCGACUUCAGGCUUUGCAGUGUUGGGUUCGUGAUCGAUAAGAAGGUUGUACCUGCUGCCAUUAUUCUUCUCUUCGUGUUUGAGUGUGCAAGGACAGACAAAGCUUGCACAACUUUCUUAAUUUAUAUCUUAAUCAGCUGGUGCCAAUAACUGAAGCACUCUUCCCUUGUUCCAUUUCACAGCCUCACAAGGAGUUGUAACUGUUGUAUGUUAAGGCUCGUUCACACACUUGUAACCGAGAACGACCGAGAGACACAGCCGGUUUUUAAGCCUCUUGCGACGU